GAAAAUUUAGUGUCGGAUAAAAGAAUUAUAAAAAUCACACUUUUAUUUAUUUGCUUACAUCUCAAUCAAAAUUUAGUUGCGUCUCAAAGGUAUGCGAACCGAAACAAUAGACCGCUCUCUCGGUCUUUGAGCGACUCUAAUAAAGACCAAACCAUUUUGAAAGUCUAUCCGAGCGGUCAAUACGGACCACAGGAUAAGACAUAUGAAGACGCGGGGGUCCCGCCGCGGGUCAAGCCUUAUAUGCCGCCCGAUAUACCGCCACAAGAAGACACAGUCUAUGACUCUAAGCCAACUCAAGUCGAUAGUAAAGCCGAUGAAGAGACCAAAAGUUCUGCCGACGAUAAUAUCGGCGCGAAUGGGUGUAUAUGUGUGCCGUACUAUCAGUGCGACGACGGAAAUAUAAUAACCGACGGCUCGGGUAUUAUUGAUCCGCGAAAGAUCAAGCCAUCGGAAAAGGAGAUUCCA